AUGGUUGCAGCUUUCCAGGAGGUGGAUUUUCUCCUCACACCAGUUAGUCUUGGACCACCCACUUACCUGUCAGAUUUCACCCAGCUAGAUAACAGAACACGAACAACAUUGGACGAUGUCUGCACAGUCGGCGCAAAUCUUGCUGGUAUGCCUGCGCUUUCGUUACCCAUCUGCCUGUCUCCGUCCACUGGCCUACCCCUGAGUCUUCAACUGAUCGGUCCGGAAUUAAGCGAACCACGGCUUCUGAGACUUGCAGCUUCCAUCGAAUCGCGUGCUGCUUUUCCCAAGCUAGUGAAUGUUGUGAAACUGCUUGACUCUAUAUAG